UCAACACACCAGCAUGUUCAGACGUAUAAGCGUUAGUCUGAAAGGGUGACGUUCAUUUCUUCUUUUGAAAGAACGUGAAACCUUGUGAAACCUGCGAGAAGAAGGACUUGUAGAACUGUAAAGGUGAAUUUAUUUAAACAAAAUGCAGGUGUCUGACGUAGAUGCCUCCCGCAUUCUGGAGAAGGGACCAGAGUUUCUUCGCAAGCAGCUGGAACUGGAAAGCGACGCCAAGGCUCAGGCUGGCAUGACGGCCGCGGAGAGACUGGCAGCCAGCAAGCCGCGCUACGUCAAAUGCCAACAGGUGGUCAACACGACGCAAGAGCCCGUGAUCUGCCUCAGUUCUACCAGCAGUACCUACGAUUCCUCUAACGCUAGUUUGAAAGGGAAUGUAAACACAAGGAAUGCGGCGACUGAAGAAACGGUGACAGCAGGUAAUACACCGACACCUGAUGAAUCCAUUCCCGUAAAGCGCAGCAGCUCCAAAAAACGCCCAGAUUCGCUGUUACUGUACAGACAGAAAUGUGAGCUGAUUCGGCAAAGGCCAAGUUUGGACAGACACAAGAGAUUGCAAAACCGAAGACGGCUGAUGAACUCGAUGAAGGAUAAGACAGAAACAGUGCCAGAGACUGGGGAGAAAGAUUGCCAAAAUGCGGAAAGGACGACAGAAACCGAGACGGGGAAAGGUGGCUCAGAAGAGCUCUCUCCUUCUGCCGCCCCCAUUGCGCAAUCCAAAAUUCGGCCCAAAGUGGACAUACGCGCCCAGCAGGACGCAUCAGCCGGGGAUGGAGAUGGUCAGCUGCGGCCCAAGCAUAAAACGGUAGCCGAUGUUCAGCGCAGGGCGCGCAAAGGAGUGGAACGCUCUCAUUCGGAUAUCAGCUCUCGGUACUCGAAAAACUUCGCCGAUUUCGACGCGUUCUUCACCUACUGCGGACUAGAUGGUGACAUCGUCACCUCCCUUGGGAAAGAGAACUUCUCCGCGCGCUCCGACGAGCUGGUGGCCAAAAUACGCAGCGUCAGCGUAAGCACGUCGGAAGACCGCUUCUCCCGGAGCAGUGGCGACAGUGCUGGGCUGCAGGAGGAAGAGCUGAUGGAGAAUGUCCGUCAGGUUACGUCCGUGGUAGAGCGCAACGCACGGAUUAUUAAAUGGCUUUACAGUUGCAGAAAUGCCUCGCAAUCUGGGAAAACCCUGCGAGAUCUGGAUUGAGGGGAGUUUGGAAGCUCCAUCCAUGGUGUGUCUCAUGGUGUGCAUGGCGUGGACAGUGAUUUCAUAGACAUAGACACAGGGGUGGAACUAUAGGGGGGCAAGCGGGGCAUUUGCCCCUGGGCCCAAGGCCCUCCUGUAUGGGUAUUGUGGUAAGCCGUACGGGCCCUAUCAGUGUUUUGCCCUUGGGCCCUGUGUGCAAUUGUUCCGCCACUGCAGAGACAUAUUGGAUAUUUUGUUGCAUAACAUCACUGGCCCUCUGAAUAAUAGU